AUUUGAAUCUCUCGCCAUCGCCCCACUUGGGGCGGUCAGGAUGCGACCCACUUCCCAACAUCUCUUCUCCACUCGUUCUAUUCGCUCCUAGCGAAAGCUGAAUCAUGUCGAUAAAGGUCGCCCGAGAGCUUGCCCAUUAGGUGUUCGUCGCCAUGCCGUCGACGGGAGUCUGCUUGCUCCCACUCACUUCAUCUAUCCCGGAGAAGCUUCUGCCGCACCGAAAAAGCUCCUGCUCCAGAUUCGCCAGACGGAAGAGGGAACCAUCCCUACGAGGAAGUUUGUCCCCUUUGGGUUGCCCCCAACAUUGCCGCUCUCGAUUCAUCUUCCGCCUGCGUGUUCGGGCCCUAGGUGGUGGAUCUGAACUAAAACCUGAGACUGUUAACGCCCCGGAGUCGAUCUCGAAGUCGAUCAGAUUCCCAGAUGUGGUCCAAAGAGAACUGGUUUCCAUUGCUCUUCCUCUGGAGAGGGAGGAUGAGGAGGAGGAGGAGGAGGAAGGGAUGGGAUGGUUGGGUUCUAAAGGUACUGGGUUGGAGUCGUUUCCUAAACGAUGGGUGAUUGUGAUUCUUUGCUUCUCGGCGUUCUUGCUCUGCAACAUGGACCGUGUAAAUAUGAGCAUUGCGAUCCUGCCCAUGUCUGCAGAAUUCAACUGGAAUCCUUCAACUGUGGGGUUGAUUCAGUCAUCAUUUUUCUGGGGCUACUUGCUGACCCAGAUUGCAGGAGGUAUAUGGGCCGACAUGGUUGGUGGUAAACUUGUAUUAGGAUUUGGAGUUGUUUGGUGGUCUAUUGCUACAGCUCUUACACCAGUCGCAGCAAAGGUUGGGUUGCCUUUCCUUCUCAUCGUACGUGUUUUAAUGGGGAUUGGUGAGGGGGUUGCCAUGCCUGCUAUGAAUAAUAUUCUUUCGAAGUGGAUACCGGUAGCAGAGAGAAGCAGGUCUUUAGCUCUGGUAUAUAGUGGCAUGUACCUUGGUUCAGUAACUGGCUUGGCCUUCUCACCUUUGUUGAUACAUAACUUUGGCUGGCCUUCUGUCUUCUACUCAUUCGGUUCUCUUGGCAGUGUUUGGCUUACAGUAUGGCUAACUAAGGCAUAUAGUUCUCCUGUUGAAGAUCCUGAAAUCAGGCAUGAUGAAAAGAAGCUUAUCAUUAGUGGCAGUGUGCUUAAAGAACCUGUAAAAACUAUACCAUGGAGAUUAAUCUUGUCAAAGCCACCUGUUUGGGCUCUUAUAGUGUCCCACUUCUGCCACAACUGGGGAACAUUUAUUCUUCUUACAUGGAUGCCAACAUACUACAAUCAGGUUUUGAAGUUCAACCUCACAGAUUCUGGUCUAUUUUGCAUUCUUCCAUGGCUUACAAUGGCAGUUUCUGCAAAUUUUGGUGGAUGGAUUGCAGAUACGCUUGUCAGUAGAGGCAUGUCAGUGACUACUGUUCGCAAAAUCAUGCAGUCAAUUGGGUUCCUUGGUCCGGCUUUCUUCUUGACUCAAUUAAGUCAUGUGCAUUCUCCUACAAUGGCAGUAUUAUGCAUGGUGUGCAGUCAGGGAACUGAUGCAUUUUCACAGUCUGGCUUGUAUUCCAACCAUCAAGAUAUUGGCCCUCGCUAUGCUGGUGUGCUUCUUGGUCUUUCAAACACUGCUGGGGUUUUAGCUGGAGUCUUCGGGACAGCAGCAACAGGCUACAUCUUGCAACAUGGAUCCUGGGAUGAUGUUUUUGAGGUCUCAGUAGCACUCUACAUUGCUGGAACUGUGGUCUGGAACCUAUUCUCAACAGGGGAGAAGAUUAUUGACUAAAACUUAUUUCUGGAUAACCCGACACUUAAAAUAAAGUUGGCGAGUUAAGCAAGCCUGAUUCUUUUGAUCUUUGGUCAAACAACGAAACUGCAUCUAAAUUUGUAGCACAGAAAACAUCUUGCUCUUGCAGACGCCAAUUUUUCUCCAUGGGCUCCCAAAUAAAAGCAAAGAAAAAGGGUAUAGCCUACAGGGCUCGGGCAGUACUGUCUACCUAAGCUAAUAUCACCUUGAAAUAUGUACAAAGAACGUAUACCGAUUUUGUAAUGUACAUUUUCAUGAAUACUUCAAUUGAAUUGUACAUGUAACGCAAUUAAAUUGGCCAAGGAGUUUCAGAAGAAAGGGGGAAAUUGCGAUCUUUUCUUUCA